AUGAAUCCCGCGGGCCUAGCAGCACCGCCGUCGUCGUCGUCCGCCUCCCCCGACAGCGCGACCUCGUCCGCCGCCGCGGCCGCCCUCCGCGGCGCGUCCCUUGCCUUUCAAAAGACAAGACCCGCCGCGUCGUCGCCGCCGACCCAGCCGCACGAGAGGAGGGGCGGCCAUGCCGGCGGCGCGGCGCUCUCGGCUGCCACGGGGGCUGCUUCGGCGUCGGCGUCGGCGCGGUCUAGAUCUCCCGCUCGGCCCGGCGGCGCCCCUCGUCCACACGGUACGGGAGGCAGCUCGCCGGCAGAAGUAGAGGCUGCGUCGGCGGUGGCUCACGUACCGCCUCACGGGCUGGUGGCGGCGCGUCUACACCAGCUUGGGGGUCCCUCGUCGCCGUCAUCGUCAUCGCCGUCGGCGCCUCUAUCCGCUGCUGUCCAGGCGCAGCACCAUUUGCUUCAGCAGCAGCAUCAGCAGUCGCCGCACCUUCACUUCCCGGGCGGUGGCGGCGGCAGAGCUAUCGAUCCUAAGAGCCCGAGCUUCAUUGCGGCGACGCUGGCGGCGAGCCGCAGCGUGAGCCCCGGGCCCAAGAUGGCGGCCCCGGCCUUGCGACGCAAGGCUAGCGCCGGGGCCGCGAGCACGCUGAGCGGCGGGAGCGACGCGCCGGUCGAUUCGGGAUCCAUUGCGCCGACGGGCUCGCUGAUAUCCAUGUUUGAGCGGAGCGGGAGUGACUCGGCCAAGAGGGCAUCGCCCACGGGCAACGUCGUCGGGAGUGCAGAGGCCCAGCGGAUAGCCAUGGGAAGAUAUAUGGCUGCACCGCCGCGAACGCUCCCGAGUCCGCGCCCUGCGACGCCUCCGCCGGCGACCACGGUCAAACCGAACAAGAGCAGCGAGGCCGUUCCGAGGCAGCCGCUUACUCCUCCGCCGCCCAUCACCGCACAGAAGUCGGCUGCUGUGUCACCUGCCGUGUCGCAGCCAAAGGAGCGGCGUGUCAAGAGUCGGUCGGUCGAUGCUACGGGACCGAGGCCGGAACCGAAACCGAAGCCGCAGGAGCCCAAGGCCCGACAGCCGAGCCCGACGGCUGCCAUGGACGCCCCCGUACGACCUAAACCAGCGCCGGCCGCCAAGCCGGCAGCCGUCGAGCCCCUUGUGCGACCCAGACCAGAGCCGGCCGCCAAGCCGGCGAGGCCGCCAGUCAAGCCGCUGAGGAUACAACCCCCGACGGAGCCUUCCGUUGUUCGUUCGACUCCCGAAGUGCUCUCGCCGACGCCCGUGAGGCCUGUCAAGCCGAGCUUGACGCCAACCGUCGUCCUGUCGCCUCAGGGAUCGAGGGCAUCGCCGCAGGUCUUGUCACCCCCCUCGCCCUCUCCGGAUCCGCAGAAGCGCAGUCCGAAGCCCCAGGCCAAGGCGCGGCCUCCCACUCCACCGAAACCGCGCGGCAGUCAUAGACUCGCCGCCCCGGAGCCCUCGAGCGGCACGAGACCGCGCGCCAGCUCCCACACAUCGAGAGGGCAGCCGAAACCUGAAGUUUAUGGACCCUCAUCGCCCCGUGGGUCGCUAGGGCUCGCGAUGAGGGGGCGUCUGACGCCGCCGUCGCUGCCCACGCGCCGGCUGUCGGUCAGUAGCGCUCCAUCCUCGCCGGCCAUGGACAUACCCCGACGCCACGCCCCGAGUUCUUCGCCAAGCAAUCUCCAGUUAGAUUCACUCACCAGCGCCAUCAUGGCGGGCUCUCUGGCGUCAGCGCGCCUGACACCGCACAACACGGGCUCGUCGAUGCCUCCACCGAGCCUCCCCAAGCGGCAGAAGUCACCGCGUCUCCUCCAGACGCUACGCCAGCCGACGAACCAGCAGGACGAGGAUUCGGAGCGCAACCAGCCAAAGGGUCACCGGCACAAGCUGCAGCGCGGCAAGCACAAGCACCACGAGGGCUCGCGUAAGCGCUGGCGCGAGGAGAUGCUGCCCCGCGAGCGCAAGCGGUACGAGGCCGUGUGGGCGUCGAACCGCGGCAUUCUGCUCGAACAGGACAGCCCGACGCGGAGCGUGGCCAGCGGUAUCGGGCAAGACGCGUCGCAGUACGUGGCCAACGUGGUGGUGCGCGACAUCUGGAAGCGGUCGAGGCUGCCCGAGGACGAGCUGGCCGAGGUCUGGGACGUGGUGGACCGGGAGCGACGCGGCAGGCUCAGCAAGCAAGAGUUUGUGGUGGGCAUGUGGCUCAUCGACCAGAGACUUAGAGGGAGAAAGAUCCCGCAGAGGGUCACGGACAGCAUGUGGGGGAGCGCCAACGGGGUGAUGGUGAGGCCGCCCAAGGGGAGGUGA